AUGAAUUCUGAAGCAUUUCUGUUGUCUACCGAACAGAAACUUCUAGUCAUCAAUUCGUCUCCCUCCAACCUUACCUUUGCCAUAAGUUUAGGCGUCUCUGAACAGUGUCCAAUGGAGUCUUUCGGGGAUCUAGUGGCUUCAGUCUUUGAUGUUGAAACAUUCUCGGACGAGUACGUAAGUCUGCCGGUUUUGCAAAGCCUUCUGAACUCCAACGUCGUAACGGAUCACGUUUUCAAUUCUCGCGAUGAGAAUGAGAAUAUCAUUUACAGGGCCAACCAAUGGGCAAACUAUGCAAUUCUCAUUCUUCAAGGGCGUGCACUCGUAGAGACAAGCACUGAACACCUAGUCUUUGAGGCUGGUCCCUUCAUGCUUUUUGGAGAAACCGUUCUCAAGGGUGAGUUAUCGCCGAACCUUCUGCAGGAAAUCACCGCUGUCUGUCUGUGUGUGGGUCGGGGCAGUGCUGAUUGUGGCAAGGCCCAGGGCUGUGGCUGA